AGCUUUUUCUGUUCUUUUCCUUCGUUUUCACGACAGUAUGAAGCGAGAUGCAGGAGAGUACAAGGAAUUGAAGGAAAAUUUUGUCUCUGGAGCGACAGGUUCGACGGUGACCCAAGUCAACCUAAUUUCUUGUGCGGCUCUCGCCUCCGUUUUUCUAUAUCAUACAAUACUCUCAAGAACUUCCUCGACGAGCUUGACCAAAUUUCCGAUAUCAUGGGUCAUCCUGGUCCUACCCCUUCUCUUGUCUAUGACACUGUUCGCCAAUAUGCCAACGCUGCUCUCAAUACUGAUGUUGGUUCCGGCUCUGGGACUGUCGUUUCUGCCUCGUCGCGAAUCUGGAACACCACUUCCUUCCAAUGAAAGUGAACGGGAUCCUGCGAGUGCCACGGCGAUUGUGGCACCACUGCCGUACUUGACGACAUAUCGGGCGCAUAUGCUCCUCAUGACAGUUCUUGCUAUUCUCGCGGUGGACUUUCCUCUGUUUCCUCGCUCGCUAGCCAAGUGCGAGUCAUUUGGGGUCUCAUUGAUGGACUUGGGGGUUGGCGCGUUUGUCUUUUCUCAAGGAGUCAUUUCAGCAAUCCCGCUCAUCAAGAGUCCGGCCUAUCUCGCAUCUCCGGUGCUUUCUAAGCUGGCCACCACAAUUCGUAAAGUAUUUCCUAUCCUGGUCCUGGGCAUUGUGCGUGUGUUGCUUGUCAAAGGGACAGAAUACCCCGAACACGAAACGGAGUAUGGCACUCACUGGAAUUUUUUUAUCACCUUGGCCCUCCUACCUGUAAUGGAGAUCCUACUUCACCCAGUAAUCCUUCGGGUUCCGAUAUCCAUGCUUGGUAUAUUGAUUGCGAUGUGUCAACAACUCGGCUUGUCCGUCUUUGGGCUACAAAACAUUGUCCUCUUCGCUCCGCGGGCCGGUUUCUUGUCGGCAAACAAAGAGGGCAUCGUGUCCCUACUGGGAUAUCUUGCUGUACAUCUCCUAGGUCUAUCAACUGGAACACUGAUCCUACCUCCUUCACCUUCGUACUUCCGCCGGUUCCAGCGCCAAUUCAACAAAACUGGCGAGUUAACAUUGGGAGGUGGAGAGAAAUACCAAGACUCAUAUCGUCUCCGACAAAAUGAUAAAAUAGCCACGGAGUUGUGGGCAUAUUCCAUGCUCUGGUGGGCGUUCAUGGGUUUAACGAGGUUAUUCCAGAUUGAUGGCAAGGGAGGCGUGUCUAGGCGUGUGGUCAACUUGUCAUAUAUCCUUUGGGUAGCGGCAUAUAACACGUCGUUUAUCUUGGCUUAUCUCCUUAUGGACCUCUAUUUCUAUCCUUCCCCAUCGAAGUCGAACAGCCCACAACCGAGUGGCGAGGAGGUCUUACCCUCACGCGUGGCUGUUUCUGCUCCUCUUUUUGAAGCUGUCAAUAAGAAUGGGCUGUUACUGUUUUUGUUGGCAAACGUCUUCACUGGCCUAAUCAAUUUGACGAUACCGACGAUGUUCACUUCGGACUUUUGGGCUAUGGUUGUUUUGUGUGAGUAUUCGAUUGGGGUGUGUUGGGCGGCGUGGGCUUUGAGAAAUAUUCGUGUCUGGAGAAUAUAAUAAUUGAUCAUACUUGAGUUAGAUCUGAUGACUCGCUUGUCGAUUUGAAGUAGACGCUGUUAUACACAGGUACGAUGUGCUAAUGCCUAUAAACUUAUCAGGCGACUGUCAAGCCACGACAGGCUUAGACCACGAGUCUGACGCCAAUGAGUGACUGGCCCU